CCCUGGUUGUUUAAUGUGAGGCGGUCCAUUCGUUUCACGACCAGACCAUCGUUCCCGAGGACUCAUUGUUCUUCUCUCAAGGUCUCUCCGCUGCUGCCCACGUAUCGAGGCUUCCAUCCUUGAAUCAAUGGCUUCUGAUGUCUCACUUCCUCCAGAGGCCAGCACGUACUCUCGUUUGAUAGCCAUGCAAUUUAUGGGAACAGAAAGACCAUGGCUAAAUUUAUAUGGAAUCAGGGUUCGACCAGUGGCUGCUUUUGGUAGUGUGAGCAGUAAAGAUCUUGUUGAUCCUGCCCUUAUUCAUCGUUGUUUGCCAGAUGAACUGCUCUUUGAGGUUUUUGCACGAAUGACUCCAUAUACUUUAGGACGAGCAGCAUGCGUUUGUCGGAAGUGGAAAUACGCCAUUCGCAAUCCUAGUUUAUGGCGCAGUGCCUGUCUAAAGACUUGGCAGCUGUCUGGACCAAUCACAAACUACCAACUCGCACAUUCUGUUUAUGAUGGUUCGUGGAAGAACAUGUGGGUUCAUAGACCAAGGAUUCGUAUGGAUGGUCUUUACGUUAGUAGGAAUACAUACAUUCGUGUUGGAGUUGCAGAGUGGAAGGUUACAAAUCCUGUCCAUGUGGUUUGCUACUACAGAUACUUGAAAUUCUAUCCCAAUGGGAAGUUUGUCUACAAGAUUUCUUCCCAAAAACUGAAAGAAGUGGCCAAGUGCAUGAACUUCCGAGCAUCAAAGACAGACUGUGUUCACAAGGGUGACUAUGGAUUAGAUGGCGACUUGAUCAAGGCUGCCAUCUUAUAUCCGGGUCUGCGCCGUACUCUCUUAAGGAUUCAUCUUAGAGUUAGAGGAACAACAGUAGGAGCCAACAAUCGUCUGGAUCUCUUGAAACUUGUAACUACUGGUGUCGAUGACAGUGAACUUAAUGAUCCCAAUGACGACAUGCUUGGCGUUGUCGAAGGAUGGCAAGAGGAUGAAACACACAACCCAGACGUGCCCGCUAUUUCACAUAAAAGGGGUUUGACACCCUUUGUUUUUGUCCCGUUCGAGGAGGUGGAAACAUCAGUGUUGAAUCUUCCUGUGGACAAGAUGGAUUACUUUGUUACUGGCUGAUUUUAAAAAAUUAUAGCUUUUUAAAUCGCAUGUGUAUAUAUAUAUAUAUAUAUAUAUGAUGCUUUUAUGUUGUCACAUAUUUAAGUUAAAGACUUUGGACUGUUUUUCUGUGAUGCUUAAUGUGUGUGGAUCAAAUGGCUUGUAUAAAGUUUGGUCUUUC